ACAGUAAACCGAAAGUAAAGUUAGCGAGGAGGGAAGCGACGUCACCCAGCGAGAGGACUUUGUGCUGAAACGCCACUUUGUGCACGGAGACGCUUUAAUGAACGUUGGUGAUGUUCGUCUAGCAGACGUCGCAGUACACACACACUUACUAAAUUAUUUAGUCGCUGAAGCCGAGUGCAAAUUUAAUAAGACAAAAUAAUAUAAACAAGAGGGGGGGAAAAAAAAAAAAAAAAAAAAAAAAAACAAGAAAUCAUGAACCGACAACACGCUGAGGUUGAGCUGGAAAAGAGUGUCCGCCGAUUAAGAGAGAAGUUUCACGGGAAGAUUCCAGUUAAUAAGGCAACCAUCCUUAUGCGACGCUAUGGCAAUAACCAUCGGAUUGUCGCCAUGGAUAUUAUUUUGAUGAAGGACCGAGAACUGGAUGAAGAUGACCAAGCCAUUCUGCAGAAUGAUGAGGCAGCAAGGAAUGUUGUGCAGAGACUGGAGGCUGAGGAACGGGAGGAAGCUGAAGCUCAGGCUCGACAGCAACCCUCUAGGGGUGAGGCACAGAGAGCACCUAGAGAGGAUCAAGACAUUACAGAACUGGCCAGCCGGCUCCGGGUGCUGCCCCUCACACGGGAAAACCUGCGCAUGUUUGACAACGCACAGCGAAAUGUCAUCCCCUCAGACCUACAUCAGUUUGCCUGCCAGCUCUGUGACUUUGACUGGUGGCGCAGAGUUCCUCAGAGGAAGAUGGUAUCCCGCUGCCAGAAAUGCAAGAGAAAGUAUGACCCAGUCCCAGAAGACAGAAGGUGGGGCAUUGCCGAGUUCCACUGUCCCAACUGCGCACGAACCUUCAAGGGUUUUGGACAGAUGAAUUUGGGAUCCCCAUGUUAUACCUGCCAUUCGCUGGUCACUCCAACUCAGAUUCUGCCCCCUCGGCGCAAAAAUAUUGGGUUGGGCAACAGGAGACAAAAUCCACACAGUUGCCUGGCGGAGGACUGCUACAAUCGACAGGAACCCCAUGUGCCAGGCACAGAGUGCAUACACCCACGUAGCCGCCUGCAAAACCACAAGCCCCGUGUGGUGUACCCGAGCCUGGCCCACGUGAGCUCGGGCUCCACGGUGAACACGUGCCUCAGCCAAGGUAGCCUAAUGGACCUAUAUCAGAUCAUCCUGGAUGACAUCCGUGAGGAAAGGGGAGCGGAGAUAGAGGAGGACGGCCAGGAGGAGGAUGAAAGCAAUACCGAAACCAACACCAGCUCCAGUAGCAGCAGCAGGAUCUAGAGCCAAAACCCAUCUGUAUACCUACCUGGACAACAGCCAAAAACACAUGUGAUCAUCAGUUUGGACAUCUAGCCAAAACCGACUAGAUAAUUCCCCUGGAAAUCAACCCAAGCACCCCCUUGGACAGCCACCUGAAGAUUCACUUAAAAACCACUUGGCCAAGCACCUGUAUAACAAUCAAAGCACCAGCUUGGAUAUACCCAUGUACGCCAGUGUGAACAACUGUUUGGAAGAGCACCUGUAUUGCCAUCCCAACACCAGCUUGGACACACAUCUCUAUACCACUCUGAACAGUUUCUUAAACAAGCACCUAUACAACGAUCCAACCACCAAACUAUGCACACACCUGUAUACCCACCUGGACAAGCGCUUGGACAUCUGCUGAAAUACUCACCCAGACACACCGCCGUACAUCCAACAUGAUAAUUUUACUUUAACAAACAAAUGUACACCCCAUACACAGUUGUCUGAGUACCUUCCCAUCUACAUGUACACACUUAAUUAUGUUGUGUGAACACUGCCAUAGCCUGUACUGUAAGCCUUAAACUCUCUGCCUGUUGUUCCAGCUGCUUUACUUGCUUCCCUAUUGUUGAGUUUCUUUGUGAGCAGGGACACAAUUAAGUUCAAGCAAUGUUAACUUUUAGAAGGCAACCUUAUGUUUAUUAAUUUAAUUGACAUUUUUCUUUAAGGCAAGUUAUAGUUUGAAGUUACAAUUAUCUAUGCAUUUAUACAGGUGGAUAAUUGCAUAAGUGGGAUAGAUUAAAACAACUGAGCAUAAGAACCUUGUUAACAGAUACUACAGCAGGAGGGGGGAUUUGAGCCUGAAACUUCUGACUCCAAAGGUAGCAGUUAUAACCACUAUGCAACUUGUAUCUGAUCUUUAACUGCUUUCAAACUAUACACAACAAAAAUGACGUGGCAAUAUCUACCAGUGGUAACCAGUACUCUUGUCAUUAAAAUUAUUGACAUUUAUACUGACAAAAUAAACAUUUGGAAAAGAUACACUUUAGUUUAAAGGUGCAAAACAAAUGAUACAAAAGAACUAAAAUAAGAACCUUGUUUGCUGUAGUUAGUUUGGAUUUUUUAUUAUUACACUGAUUCAUAACAACCAAAAUGGUAAAUUGAACAUUGCGUUGAUAAAAUAUUCCACGGGCCUUUGUCAGACAUGCAUCUGUUGUUGUGUUGCAAGAGGGUGUUUAACCUCAGACCACCUCUGCUAUUACAAAAUCAGGCUUACACAACUUUUUGUUUGGAAAACCAGAUGAGACUGUGGGUGGGAGGGAGGAAGAAAGGGAGGGUGGGUAAUAACUUGGACAAUUAUCCCACCUCUCAGUUAGUCAUAUGGUCAUGGCAGCACAGAUCAUUAUCCCACAUCGUAGUUAUAGCAGCACUAUUUACUAGAGUUCAAAAGUUUGGAAUCACCCAUAAAUGUGAAUGUUUUUGAAAAAAUUAUACUUUUCAAGGUAUCGUUAAAUUGAUUUAAAAAUAUAUCCAAGAUAUCAUUACUAAUGUUGCAAAUGGCUAUUACUGCUUAACCAGUCAGAUUCCCAAGAAACUGAAGAUUUCCUACAAUGCUGUCCACUACUGUUUUGAGAGAAGAGGGCAAACUAGAUCUAACCAACACAGAUAAAGCAGCAGAAGGCCCAAAUGCACAACUGCAGUAAUAAGUUCAGCAGAGGCUGUGGUUUGAGAAACAGAUGCCUUAGAAGUCCUUAGCUGGUUACUUCCUUAAAUAAUACAUGCCAAAUACCAGUGUCAUUUGCAACAGUGAAAAGAUGACUCCAGGAUGCUGGCCUUGGAAGCAGAGUUUCAAAGAAAAGCCAUAUCUAAAAGUGGCAAAAAAUAGAAAAGGUUAAAAUGGGCAAAAGAAAACAGAUAUUGGACAGUGGAUGACUGGAAAACAGUAUUAUGGAUGGGUGAAUCUUAAGUUUGAGGUGUUUGGAUCAAACAGGAGAACAUUUGAGAUGUUAAGCAAAUAAAAGGAUGCUGGAGGACAGUUUGAUGCCUCCUGUCAAGCAUGGUGGAGGAAGUAUAAUGGUAUGGGUCUGCUGUGGUGCUGGUAAGGUGGAAAAUUUAAACAAAGAACAAGGAGUACUGAACCAAAAAGGUUACCCCUCUGUUUUAUAAUGUCUUUCCAUCCUCUGUGGUCAGUACUUAAUUGGUGUAAAUUUCACCCUGCAGCAGGACAACAAUCCAAAGCACACUUCUAAGCUAUGCAAGACCUAUUCCUAGAAACAAGAAGUCAGAGAACUGUCUUUGGUGGACAGACCAGCACAAUGGUGGAUUAUUUGAUGAAUGUGCAUAUUCAAUGUAUUGUCUGACAUUUAUGAUCAAUUUAUUGCUACCUUGGUGAAUAAAACUAUCAAUUUCUAUCAAAGAGGGGGGUGCAGUGG